AUGGCUCUUUUGGCGCGCCUCCCGUCGACCCCCCUCGCGUCUCGAGCCACGUCGCGCCACCAUAGCGCGGCCGAACUUCUGUCGGCCGCCGCUGCGCUCCGCGCGGCGCACCCGUUCCUCGCCUCCGCCGCUUCGCCGUGCGCACUCACCCUCACCGCGUCACCCACGCCGUCAGCCGCGGCGGACUCCGACGUUGCGCCGUUCUGCCCGCUCUUCUCGUCGCGACGCACCGCCACAUUCGUGCAGCGGGCAGGCUCACGAGGCGGGAGGCACGUGGCGCGCGCCAUGGCAGAGGCGGACGCCACAGCUGCCGCCGGGAACGACGGAUCUGCCGGGGCGGCACCCGUGGCGAGCGACGGGCAGCGAGUGGCGCGGGUGGCACGGAGGACGAAGGAGACGGACGUGGAGGUGACGAUCGCCAUCGACGGUGAGGGGCGGUGCUGCUCCGCCACGGGCAUCCCCUUCCUCGACCACAUGAUGGACCAGCUGGCGUCACACGGUUUGUUGGACGUGAGUGUGAGGGCGGAGGGCGAUGUGCACAUCGACGACCACCACACCAAUGAAGACAUCGGCCUCGCCCUCGGCUCCGCGUUGGCGGCGGCGCUGGGAGAUAGGAAGGGCAUACGGCGCUUUGGGGACUUCUGUGCGCCGCUGGACGAGGCGCUCAUCCACGUGGUGCUGGACCUGUCGGGGCGCCCGCAUCUCUCCUUUGACGUCACCAUGCCCACAGAGAGAGUUGGCACCUACGACACCCAGUUGGUGGAGCAUUUCUUCCAGUCGCUCGUCAACACCAGCGGCAUGACACUGCACAUCCGCCAGCUAGCGGGCAGCAACACACACCACAUCAUAGAGGCCACCUUCAAGGCCUUUGCCAGGGCGCUGCGACAGGCCACAGAGAUCGACCCGCGCCGCGCACACUCCGUGCCCAGUUCCAAGGGAGUGCUCUCUCGCACCUGCCGCGCCUCCUUCAACGGCUUCGGCCGCCGAUCCUCGCGCGCGCGGGAUGACCGCAGUCACGCGCAAGCGCGCGCAGAGGGGAGCAUGUGGCAGGGGGAGGAGGGAGAGGAGAGGGGCAGGCGGGAUGCGGGCAAAUCAGCGUCGGGGGGAGCAGGUCCCGCGUGGAUGGGGAUGGGCGCGGGAGAAGGGGGCGCGCGGGCGGGCGUGGGCGACGCGCAGCGGCUGCUGAUUGGCGGCGCCGUACUGGCGGCGGUGACGUGGCUCAAGUUCGCGACGGAGGGCCAUCUGGGGUGGCUGGGCGACGGCGCGCUCGGGGGCGUCGCGCAGCUCUGGUUCGUGUUCUACCUGUUGGACGUGGCGCUCACCACGGCCACGUGGAUCGUCGGCAAGCUCACCUCCUCGCUCGCCGUCGCCAAUGUACCCGCCCGCGCCUCCCCUCCCGCUUCCCCUUCCCCUCCCUCUUCUCCUUCCCCUCCCACUUCCUCGUCUCCUCAUGCUUCCCCUUCCCCCCCCCGUUUUCCCUUCCCGUCCCGCUUCCCGCUUGUGCCCGUGGUGCGACCACCAGUUCACGUUCGACAGGUGAGCCCUGGGGGCACGCCCCACGCCAUCAAUGUUGCGAGCAGGCUGAAGGGGGUGCGGGUGCAGAGCGCAAUGGAAGAUUCCCCUCCUGCCAUGGCGCUGCUUUGGAACAGCGCCCCUCACUCGCGUCUGCACUGUUCAUGUGUGUGUGUGUGUGAUUGUGUGUGCGGGCUGCACGGUAUCGGUUGCCCCCCCAACAUGAGAAGGAAUGCGGUGGCGCAUGGAUCACCGGUGUGCCCGUCCUGCCUGCGCUCCAUGAAGUAUGAAGAUGGCAGAUUUCAGCAAGCAGACAGCAGCAGCCGUGGCUUCAAUUCCCAAUCAAGGUCACAAUCUCAAGACAAGCGGGGAUGGAGGGCCACAGGGACAGACAGAGUGGUGGACGUGGAGGCCACAAUAGUUGACAAGGAUUAG